AUGGAGCGGGGAGACGCGGACGAGGAUGAGAGGAGCUCGUCCCAGCAGAACUCGCUGUGGAAACAGUUCCAGGCCAAAGCCAAGCCGCUGCUCAGCCCCAAGCUGGGCGUCAGAGACCCGGAGAACAAGAAGGAGCGAGGCAUGUGGAUGUUCAAGAUGAUGAAGCGGAAGGAAAAUGUCGCCCACGACCGGGAGAUCUCCUCCUCACAGCCCGACCUGCUCUUCUCCUCCCCGGGGGAGGUGGACGCCACAGAGGCUCAGCUCUGCGGAGAAGCGGCGGCGAGCGGCUCCGGAGUCGUGCGGGAGAACCUGCCGUCGUCCUCCCAGCACAAGUCCGCUCUCCCGGACAAGCCCACGUUGGCUCAGCUGGUGCAGUCCCACCACAAGAGCUCCUCUCUGGGGUCUGCGUGUCUGGAGAAGCUGUCCGAGCCACCGGCCAGCUGCAGCGGGGGCGGCAGCGGGGGCGAGGCGGCAACAGCUGCUGCAGCCACGGAGCCACCGCUGGAGAGCCGGGAGGAGCAGCCGGGUAUUGCUGCUCCGUCCGCCACAGGGGCUCUUCCUGAGCGAUUCACCACCAGCUCAGGGAUGUUCAAGCUGGAGAUUGAACUCAAGGGAGGCCACAACCUGGCCGUACGAGACCGAGGAGGCAGCAGUGAUCCAUAUGUCAAGAUCAAACUCGGUAAUAAAGAUGUGUUCAAGAGCAAAACCAUCCACAAAAACCUCAACCCAGUGUGGGAUGAGAGGACGACUGUAAUAAUGGAUAGUCUGAGUGAACCUUUGCAUGUCAAGGUGUUUGACUAUGACUUUGCCUUUCAAGAUGACUUCAUGGGUUCAGCUUCCCUCAACGUGGAGUCUCUGGAGCAGCAAAGGUCGAUACCUGUAACUCUGGUGCUGAAGGACCCACAGUAUCCCGAUCAAGAUCUGGGCACCGUGGAGCUCGCUGUCACCUUGACGCCUAAAGACAGUCCCAUAGAGGAGCGACGAGACUCAAUGCAGAGAGAGGUUAAGACGUAUCGGUGGAGGCCUUAUGUGAAUAAAACUAUGCUGCUCAGGAAGUCCUGGAAACGAUCCACUAAGCAGCAGCAGUCAAUGCGUCUCUCAGAGAUGCAUCGGAAAUCACAACUCUGGCGAGGGAUUGUCAGCAUUUCGUUAAUCGAAGGUCGGAACCUGACUCCCAUGGACGCCAAUGGCCUGAGUGACCCGUACGUCAAGAUCAGACUGGGGCACCAGAAGUACAAGAGCAAGUGUGUGCCAAAGACCCUGAGUCCACAGUGGAGGGAGAAGUUUGAUAUGCAUCUGUUUGAGGAGAAAGGAGGAGUGUUGGAGAUCACUGUGUGGGACAGGGACACCGGCAGGAGAGAUGACUUCAUUGGACGCUGCCAGCUGGACCUCUCUACUCUGGCUAAAGAGCAAACCCAUCACCUGGAGGUGCCGCUGGAAGAGUCCCGGGGCCACGUGGUGCUGCAGGUCACGCUCACCGCCUCAGCCCACGUCUCCAUCUCUGACUUGUCCGUCGCACCGCUGGACGACCCACAGGAACACGGGGAGAUACUCAAGCGAUACGGUUUGCGGCAGUCAUUCUCUAACUUAAAAGAUGUUGGCAUAGUGCAGGUCAAGGUGAUGAGAGCGGAAGGUCUCAUGGCUGCAGAUGUAACUGGUAAGAGUGACCCUUUCUGUGUGCUGGAGCUGAAUAACGACAGACUUCAGACACACACUGUUUACAAGAGCCUAAAUCCAGAGUGGAAUAAAGUCUUCACCUUUAAUGUGAAAGACAUUCACUCAUUGUUGGAGCUGACAGUGUUUGAUGAGGACAGAGACAGGAGCGCUGACUUCCUGGGAAAAGUUGCCAUUCCCUUAUUGCAUAUACGAAACGGUGAGAAGAAGAGCUACACAUUAAAGAAUAAGGAGCUGACGGGUCCAACCAAAGGAGUCAUCUACGUAGUGAUCGAUGUCGUCUACAACACUGUCAAAGCUGCUUUGAAGACUGUGGUCCCUGCAGAACAGAAAUAUAUCGAGGAAGAACCAAAAGUCUCCAAACAGUUGCUCGCGCAGAAUUUCAAUCGCGUGAAGCGGUUCAUCAUGGUCCUGAUCAGCUACGGGACGUACAUCAACAGCUGCUUUGAGUGGCAGUCUGCACCAAGGAGCAUCAUCUCCUUUUUGCUAUUUGUGGUGGUUGUGUGGAACUUUGAGAUCUACAUGUUGCCGCUGGCCUUGCUGCUGCUGCUGGUCUGGAACUACAUCUUCUCCUCAAGCAGGGAAACAGGCGACAUGUCAAUGGAGGCCAUGUUUGAAUGGGAGGAUGAAGAGGAGGAUAAAGAAGACAAGGACUCAGAGCCCAAGGGCUUCAUGGAUAAACUAUAUGCCAUCCAGGACGUGUUCAUCAGUGUGCAGAAUUCUCUGGAUGAGGCGGCGUCUUAUGGAGAGAGGAUAAAGAACACCUUUAACUGGACAGUGCCUUUUCUAAGCUGGUUGGCGAUCACUGCCUUUUUGUUGGCCACCGUUCUUCUCUACCUCAUACCUCUUCGAUACCUUGUGCUCGCAUGGGGUGUGAAUAAAUUCACCAAGAAGCUUCGUAAUCCGUACUUGAUUGACAACAAUGAGGUUCUUGACUUUCUCUCCAGAGUCCCCUCCGAUGUUCAAGUGAUGCAGUAUCGUCCAGUAAGGGUCGACCCUGGACAAAGCCCCAACAAACGUAAGAGGACCAACCUGAGCUAA